AUGCGCUGCUGUUUAAAAUUCAAAAACAUAAGAUACAAAAACAUAGCUAGUAUUAUAUUACACAACAACGGUCUCAAGGAAUUGAAAAAAUUUAAUUAUGUUGCAGAACUUUGUCAAUACAAAACAAAAUGUUACCAAUGUCAAAAGGUAAUACAGCGAGUUCGUGAUCUGCUAGACAAUAUAGAUAUUAUAAGAAAAAAUGAAGUUUUGGCUAUAUGCGACCAUUGUAAGCGAUCUAAUGUAAAAUUGAAGUGUAAGCGAUGUGAAUACAUGUUGGAGAGAUUUAUAUCAUGUAGAGUACAGCAAACUGAAAGUCUCAGAGAUGAAUACGCAGCUUGGUGGCAAACUGUGAAAAAUAUUCUAAUGACAAUUAUUGAUGUACAAAACACUUGUCCACAUAGGGUUUGCUUUGUUCGAGAUUCAGAUCCGGAACUUAGGAAACUUAUCAAUUUACUGAAAAUGCCAUCGCCAACGAUCCACCCUCGCGUAGAUACGUUUCCUUCCAGGAAGAUUGUACUGCCACUUUCUGUGGAUAACGAAACGAAAAAUGUUUUAUUAGAAAUAAUAAAUGAAAUAAGCUUAGAAAAAGUGUCAAAAGAAGACUCUGCAUCCGUUUUAAGUACAUGUAUGUGUAGAUAUUUUAACGAACGAAAAAAUGAACGCAUGCAUCCUAAAGUUUCCCUGGAGCUACCAGUUAUUAAAGACAAAGAGAUCGAAAGUUCAGAACUGAAUGAUGCAUUGAAGCUAGGAAUUACAGGAAUGUUAGAUGGUGACGGAGAUUAUCUCUCAAAACAAAAGGCCCUAAAAGAUUCUAAAAUGGUUUCAGAUCGUAGAAAAAAUAAAAGUUCAUUUAAAAAAAGCGGUAAAGAUGAUGAAUUGAAUGAAGAUGAAAAAACAAAUACCAAAACGUCACCGGAAAAAACAAAAGGAAGAAAAUAUAAACUUGAUCCAGAAUAUGAACUUAUGUUGCAAUUAAUAAAAAUCCACAAAGAAGAAGGAAAAUUAAAGGCAGGAAGAACUAAAUCUACUCUACGUAUUUUGAAAAAUAUGCCGAAGAUUGAUCCUCUUCCUGAAUUGCCAGUUCGUCCACCUAAACCUCGGAGAUCUGACGCACAUUUGAUAACCGCAGGAAGUACUUUAGUGUGUACGCCUCAUGAUAGUCUACCGCGUGUUAUGAUACGUGGAACACGGAUGGUAUCUCGAGAUCAGCGCAUGAAAACAAAAGACCCUAUUACACUGGAACCUAUCCUCUUUAAAAAUCAAAUUCAAUGCGUUACACCAGUUGAAUCAUCAUCCGAAACUUCAAAAACCUCAUCUUCAUCCGAAAGUUUAAUGGAAGAGAUGCCUAAAAGUCGUUUAAUGGGUAAGGGAAUAACAAAAUACGCACUUUCAAAGAAAGAAUUUAUUGAUAAAGGAUGGACUAUGUUGCCAACCACGAAAAUUAUGAGAAGGAUGAAUAUAUAUAAAAUGGAGCCAGCAAAUCCUCACUUCGAUUGGUUUAAGAGUCAUGCACAUAAAAGAGCUAUGUUCUAUGAUACGAGGGAGAUUUUAGCAGAAAUAAAUGAAAAUGGCUGCGGUGGUAAAUGGUUUUAUAAAAAUGGUUCUGUUGCACUCCAUUAUUGUAAUAGCCAAGGUCGUAGUGAUAAGUAUAGGUAUAUUAUAUAUGACUUAAACGAAGAUGACUAUGUCGACGUAAAGAAUACAAGAAGGCCAUUGACUAUUUUGGCUUGUUUUGACUAUUUAGGAAACGGUGUUGUUUAUGAUCAGUCCGGAAACGCCAGGAUAAAAUACAAUCAAUCAGAGGGAAUUAUUAUUGAUAAUAAAAUUGGCGCUCCAAGUAAAUGGAAAUGGCAUUCGCUAAACGAUCCCCCUGUUUUACAAAAUGUUUACAUGGAUAAUAAAGUAACAGAUGAUUCACUUUUACAAAACUUCAUUAUACCUGAUGAUUUAAUGAUUUUUAAUAAUGACAAUACCUCUAAAGAAGUCGAUGAAGACAUGUUAGCGAUUGAAUUUGAAAACUUCGUUAGAGGCAAAGCUCAGAAAAUAAUGCAAAAAAUGACAUCAUAUAAAAUACGAAUGAAGGCUGUAAAAAUUAAUGAUUUUUUUUCUUUGAGGAUCAUAGAUCAAGAGAAUAUUUAUAUUAUUUUUAGAAAUGGGCAUAUACAUUUUAAGUUGAAUAUAGGCAUGCACUUGAAGAGCAAUGAAAUAAUUGAUACUAUAACAGUUGAUGUUGCUGAAGUUUCUACGCCAUAUGAUUUUGUACCAGAAACAAAAAGCCUUUCCGAUAUUCAUGAAGUACUCCGCUGCAUGCAAAACUUUAGUAAAUCAAGACACAGAUAA